CUUAAUCUCUCUCCUUACCACUUACCAGGAAAUAACAAUUCCCAUGGAUCUCCAAUGUAAUAUUCCUUUGGAAUCUAGGAUAUAAUUUUAAAUUCUUUUCUUAAAUUUCAAAAUAAUAUUUUCUUUUCUCUCUUUUUUAUUUUUUAAAAUUUCGGUGUUGGGCUUAGCUUGUUCCAGCUAUAAAUACCAUUGUUAUGUGUUGGCGAAAAAUCCAAGCCAAGAACACAUUUUGAGAGUACUUUUAAACACCCAAUCAGAAAAAGCUUUGUUCUUUCUGAAGAGAGGAAGAAAAAAAAAGAGGAAACAUGUCUGGGAUUAUUGUGGUUUUCGACUUCGACAAAACCAUUGUUGAUUGUGACAGUGAUAACUGGGUCAUUGAUGGGUUGGGUUUCACCGAUUUGUUCAAUCAGCUUCUUCCAACCAUGCCUUGGAACACCCUCAUGGAUAAGUUGAUGCUGGAGAUGCAUGCACAAGGAAAAACCAUUGGGGAAAUUAAAGAAGUUCUUCAUAGAAUUCCUAUUCACCCAAGAGUAAUACCUGCCAUUAAAGCUGCACAUGCUUUAGGGUGUGAUUUGAGGAUUGUGAGUGAUGCUAACUUAUUCUUCAUUGAAACAAUUUUGGAGCAUUUGGGAAUAAAGGAAUACUUUUCAGAGAUUAACACAAACCCAGGUUAUGUUAGUGAAGAAGGAAGGUUGAGAAUUUUGCCUUACUAACUUGU